AAACCCCACGGUACCGGCAACAACCCAACCAAACCGCCUCCCACAGUCCCACCCCCCGUCUCCGCUCCCCCCAUCGCCGCCGCCGCCGCCACCGGCGACGGCGACCCCGAUGGGCGCCACCGCGUCCGUCCUCUCUCUCCCCGUGGCAGCCGCCUCCUUCCCCGGGGCCGCCACGGCUAUCGCGGGCGCCGCCGGGUGCUUCGCCCUCGGCUACCUCCUCGCCCUCACUCGCUCCCCCCGCCACGCCGCCGAUGACCCCACUUCCGGGGGCCCCUCGGACGACGAAGACUCCGAGGACGACUCGGAGGAAGAUGAUGACGAAAAAUCCGGCCGCGGCCGCGCCCGCACGGCGAAGGGUGCCGCUGGGAGGAAGCGGACCGGUCUCCGGCUGCUGUUCUGGUCCCGGAACGUGGUCACCAAGUCCGACUCUGCCAGGGAAACGGAGAGGGCGCAGGCCCAGACCGCUUCCGCACCCCUGGAGAUCGAGAACCUCGCCCAGAUAAUUGAGGAUUUCAAGAUGGUGCUAGUGGUGAGAAAUGACCUGAAGAUGGGGAAGGGGAAAAUCGCAGCGCAAUGCAGCCAUGCGACACUGGGCUUGUUUAAAAAACUCCAACAGAGAGCACCAAAGUCAUUGAGAAGGUGGGAGAGGUGUGGGCAAGUUAAGGUGGUUGUUAAAGUAGAAAGCGAGGAAGAUAUGCUUGUUUUACAAGGGAGAGCAAAAUCCACGAAUCUGCCAACUCACAUCACCAUUGAUGCUGGAAGAACACAAAUUGCACCAAAUUCAAGAACAGUCAUGGCUAUUCUCGGGCCUGCUGACAUGGUUGACGAUGUCACUGGUGGUCUGAAGCUUUUGUAGAAUCACUUCUUCAUCCUCAAACAUCAGAGUUCAAAGGGGAAUGCUGAAAUUUUGCAACGUACAUUGGUCUUGCACUUCCACUGAUCUGCAGCUGAAGAGUGAACCUUGGCUUCAUUGCUUAACUUGAUGUCGUUUUUCCAGCUAAGCCUUAAACAGUCAAGGGGUAAGGUGCCUGAGGCCUUUACUUGAUAUCGUUUUUCCAGGAUUUAUUUGAAAGGUCGUGCCUGCUUUUACCUGUACCACUGUUGUCUUUAGAGAUCCUGUUUCAGUAAAUCGGAUGGAUCUGUAGCCAAGAAGUUUUGGACCAUUCAUAAAAUCUGUGACAUAAAUUUGUAGUCCAAAAAGUAUAUUUUAGUGUAACAUGAAAAAUCUGAACUCU